AUCACAUAAUUAAAUUAUAAAAAGCCGUCAUGAAUAUAUUUUAAUUUUAUAUAUAUCCUAAUUAACAAAAUGAAUGUUAAAGAUUCGAAAGCUUUACUCCUACGGAAGUUUAUUCUUCGUUUCCGCCGAUUAGUACGAGCUGCCAAUAAAGCGGUGCAAACUGCAAUAAAACAUCAACGUGGCAAUGCAGUGCAACUUUGCACUGAACAGCUGAUUUCGCGUUGGCCGAUGUAAAUCAAUAGUUAAGAAGUGUGUAUAUUUCCACAGAUACUUGUUAAAUUGAACUUCAAUUAAAAUAUAGUAAUAAUGAGUGAACAGGAAAGCUGCGAUGAGGAUAGUACCUUCUACUUCGAAAGUGAUCAUUUAGCUUUACGUGGUCAUCCGGACUACACGAAUAUGUUACGAACGAUAGCUGCGCUGGAAGUUCAAAGAACGCGCCUUCUGCAACAGAUAGACGAAUUGGAGCUGGCUAAACAGCGUUAUUUAGAUGAUCCCGACUUACUGCUAAAAAAGCUACGAAAUAAUGAGGCCAUCAUAGCGCCAAACUAUAUGACUAUAGAAAAGUUACCGGAAAUAAAAACAAAUUUAGAUAUUCUACCAAACAUCGAUAUAAAAGUGAAGGAAGAGCCAGACUUCGAUAUAAAACCAACAACGGUGCGUGGUCGAGUUGUCGAUCAGUCUAAGCCGGAGACAUUCAAUCAACUUUGGUCUUGUGAAGAACAGCGUCGUCUCGAGGAACUGCUUAUCGAAUAUCCCGCAGAGGCAAUUGAAAGUCGACGUUAUGUGAAAAUUGCCAAAGCUUUAGGUAAUCGCACACCACAACAAGUUUGCAGCCGAGUGCAAAAAUAUUUUCAAAAACUCCAUGAUGCUGGUUUGCCUAUACCCGGCCGCCGGCCGAAAAACCGUCGUGGUGGUCAAUCAAAAACCAAACAUUUCUUUCGUCCAACCACAUUUUUCCCAGCUUUUAAUGUGCCCGUUCAUAUGCCAGAUGAUGAUUUCUCAUUGGAUGAUUUACAAACGGCAACUUCACCUCAACCAAUAGAAACACGUAAUAAUUCGAUUGAAACAGUGCCGGAAGCUUCUGCACCCUGCCCAGUGUUCCAUAGUAAAGAAGAUCGUGAACGUGUGUUGAAAAUAUUGAAUAAAGUAAAAGAAGAAAAAAUGAACACACCCGAAGGAUAUAAUCCAGAUCCCUUAGCGCCUCUAUGUGAGAAAUGUCGCGUGUCAGCUAUUUCACGGUUAAUUUGGCGUUGUAACACCUGUUAUAUGUACCUAAAUCAAUGUUCCGAUUGUGUAGUGUCGCAAGUGCUCUCGCAAAACUUUGAGCAUCUAACUCAUGAUGUGGUGACGGAAGGGGAUUUGUGACAUUUACCAGAAUUGCAAGAGCCAGGUUGCUUGAAAAUUUGAAUUUCUAAUAUUUAAGUGCCAAAUAAUAGAAACACGCAGCAAAAAUUAAGUCUUUUAAUUUUAUUUACCUCAAUAAUUUCUGGGACUAAGAAAUUUAUAUUAUUGCAAUUAAAUGAC